AUGCCAAUUACACAAAUCAAAUCUGAUUUCCUCACAGAAAUAGAAAAGGCAACCUUGAAAACAAGGGAUCAAGAAGGAAAACCGAUUGGUAUAAAAGUGACUGUGUUAGAUCCUUGUUUUAAUGAAUUCUCGUUGUUUUUGAAGAAGUGGAACAUGAAGACUACUAGUAUUUAUAUUCUUCAUCAAGAUUGGACACCUGUUUUGUUGGAGAAUAAUUUUAAAGAAAAUCAAAAACUUGACAUUUGGUCAUUUAGGGUUAAUGAAAAGUUAUACCUUUUACUCAAUAGUAAUGAGUCACAAGAAAUUGAAGAAAGUAAAGAGCUGAAGAAUUCGACAGUGGUUUCGAAAAUGAAGAAGGAUGAAGAUGUUAAAGAGUGA